AUGUCUGAUAACAAUUACUUCAAGAAUUGGAAGUUUUAUAUUAUUGAUGCAAGAAUACCAAAAGACAAGUUAGAAAGUUGCAAGAAACGAAUACUUUCUCAUUGCGGACAGCUUAUAGAUAAUUUUGAUAACGCUGAUGUUAUAUUGACUCUUUUUAAAACUCCAGCACGAAUAGUGCGUUAUGUGUCUCCAGAAACGCGCAAACCUAUAUGUUCUAUUGAUUGGGUUGAAGAAUGUGAAACAGCUAGAAUGAGAGUGCCAUAUGAUGGUUUUUUGAUAAAUAUGAAACCUGAACCACUUAACGAAACUUUUGUGCAGAACAAAGCUUAUCAGAGUAAAUCAACGAACAGUGAUGGAGGGGAUUCUUCCGAUUCAGGAAAUAAUUUUACAGACGAAGAACUAAGUUCAGAUAUGGAAUUCGAUUUAGAUCCUUGUUUCAUUAAUACAAAAUACGAAUGUCUUCGUCCUACACCUCUUAAACCCAAGUACAAUCAAUGCCUCGUGGAAUUGCUAGAAGUGAUAGAACAUGCACGUGAGUUAAAUGGUGAAGAGAGAAAUGCAUUGAGUUAUCGUCAUGCGAUUGCAGCACUAAAGGUUUAUCCACGUAAUAUUGAAAGCUACGCAGAAGCUCGUAAAAUAAUAGGAAUUGGUCCGAAAAUUGGAAAUCAUAUAAAAGAAUUUUUAACAACAGGCACAAUUCCUGAAGCAGAAGAAAUUAAUGCAAGUGAAAAAUACCAAACUUUGGAUAUUUUUUCUCGCGUUUAUGGUGUUGGCUAUAAAACAGCUCGGAAAUGGUACCAAAAAGGAUAUAAGUCGAUAAGAGAGUGUAUGAAGGAUCCAUAUUUAACUCAUGUUCAGAGAUUGGGUUUGGAACUAUUUGAUGAUUUUCAGAAAAAGAUGUCAAGACAAGAUAUACAAGAAAUAUUAGAUAUUUUGAAUAAAGUUAUUAAAACCAUGUACCCAGAUUGUAUGAUUACUCCUGUUGGAGGAUAUCGUCGCGGAAAAGAAUUCAGUGGAGAUUUAGAUGUUGUCGUAUCGCAUCCUCAAGAGACCGUUGCGAAUAAUUUGUUAAAGGAUAUAGUAGAAAUACUUAUAAAUAAAGGACACCUGAAACAUAAACUUUUUUAUGGGCAGCCAAGUGCUAAAAAUAAAAAGGAUGUUCCGAGUGAACUUAUAUCCUCCCAUAAAAAUAUCAUGGACAACCUUGAUAAGUGUUUUUGUGCUUUUAUCCAACCAAGUACACAAAUAUGUCGGCAAGUUGAUCUUAUAAUAGCUCCUUAUUCCCAAUAUCCAACAGCUGUUCUUGGUUGGACAGGGUCGAAACAAUUUGAACGAUCGAUAAGAAAUUUUGCAAAGAAAGAGAGAAAAAUGACAUUUGCGUCACAUGGGCUCUUCUUAAAUGUUGUUCCAAGAAGACGCGUCUGUGUAACUUCUGAGAAAGAUGUCUUCGAUAUUUUAGGAAUACCUUGGGUGGAGCCUGAAAUGAGAAAUUGUUAACUUAUUAGGAAGAUAUAUAAUGUUCCAUCACUUAAUUUUACUUUAGAGUUAGGUUCAAAUUUUGUAACAGUAGUUAACUAGUUUAUAAAGAAUCGUGUAUAAUUACUAAAGUCUUAUUAUAUUUAUCUAUUUAUUGUGUUAAUUU